AUGAGACUGAUAGCUUUGGCUGCUCUCUUGGCCUUUGGUCUUGCGUUGCCUGCCCAAGAAGCUCGCGUCACGGAAACGUCCUCGAUACCUCGGGCUUGGAAGAAGCUACGGCCAGCAAGCGAUGCUGCCAACAUUCAUUUACACAUUGGAAUUAAGCAGAAAGAGGAUACAUUGGAUGAGUUGAAGCGACGGCUUAUUGAAGAGAUUAUCGAAGCUUGGCUUGUGUCCCACAACAUUACCCAAUUUACAGCAUCUGCUGGCAGCGGCUGGGUCACAGCGUCGUUGCCCAUUCGGCAGGUGGAAGACUUGCUACAAUGCCGUUACUAUGAGUUUGAAAACGUCCACGACGGCACAGUCUUGGUCCGAACCACAGACUGGUCAAUCCCGGAGCGCGUUGCGGCCUACAUUGAUGUAAUUCAGCCCACCAACUCCUUCUUUCGCCCAAAGCCCUCGAGCCGGUACGGAGGGCCCCCGCCGCCAGACUGGGAGCAGGAGGGACGGAUGCCCACGUAUGCCGAGCUGGUGGAAGAGGACAUUCUCGACAGAGGCCAUCUCGACACCCCGACGAUAGACGAGCUCCCGGAGAACCCGACGGUAGACGACGCCUGCAACAGGCUCGCCAUCACGCCGGUAUGCAUGAGAGUCCUCUACGGCACUCUUUCAUACAGGCCCCAGUCCACGGCCACCAACAGCAUGGGCGUCGUCAACUUUUUGGGCAACAAUAACAACCGGUCCGACAUUCGCCGUUUUCUCGAAAAAUACCGACCAGACGCCGCGGCCGCCGGCGCCGCCGAAAGCUUUGAGACGGUGCUGCUCGCGGGCGCCCAAGACCAGCAGACGCCCAACACGGAGGAGCAGUUUGCUCGCCACAUGGGCCUGGAAGGCGCCCUGGACGUCGAAACCAUUCUCGGCAUCGGCCACCCGACGCCGCUCAAGACGUGGAACGUCGGCGGCCAGCCCCCAUUUCAAGCCAGCGCCAACAAGGUGCACAAUGCCAAUGAGCCGUACAUGGAAUGGCUGAGUCAUUUGCUUGAGCAAGACGACAACGGCGACUUGCCGUCGGUCGUUUCCGUGUCGUAUGCGGACGAGGAGCAGACGGUGCCCGAGGCGUACGCAAAGCGAGUCUGCGCCGCUUUUGCGCAGCUGGGCGCCCGGGGCGUCAGUGUCAUUGUGGCGUCCGGGGACGAAGGGGUGGGAAAGGACGGCACCUGCGUGUCGAAUGACGGCAAGAAUACGAGGCGGUUUAUGCCAGCGUUUCCGGCGUCGUGCCCGUUUGUUACGGCGGUGGGCGCGACGAGACAUUUUCAUCCCGUCAUGGCUGCCUUUGAUGGACGAUCUGAUUUUGUCACUGGCAGCGGCUUUAGCAACUACUUUAAACGCCCGUCCUACCAAGAUGCAGCCGUAGAAGCAUAUCUCAAAAGCAUCGGACAACUUCACGCAGGCCUGUACAAUGCCCACGGGCGGGCCAUCCCAGACAUUUCCGCCCAGGGCUAUCAUUACGCCAUGAUUUACAAUGGCAGUUCGAACCUCAUGGACGGGACCAGCGGCUCGGCGCCGGCAGUGGCCGCCAUCAUUGCCUUGCUCAACGACGCGCUCGUGGCGGAAAAGAAGCCGCCGCUCGGAUUCUUGAAUCCGUGGCUUUACUCUGCCAAGUCGGGCUUGCGCGACGUCACUCACGGCGCGGCAACGGGCUGCAACACCACUGGCUUUCCAGCUGCCGUUGGCUGGGAUGCCGCAACGGGCUUGGGGACACCGUGGUUCCCGGAACUGAAGGAUUUGGCCCUUUCGAGAGCGUUUCGUUGGAAUCAUCCUUGGUAUAUUGUAUAG